AUGUCUCGAUUUGGAGCAAAGAAAGGCAGGAAGCUCCCCGGUGCAGAAUUUAGCUGGGAGGCCGAUCCUGGCGGGGAAGCAGACACAGCGCCUACGCCUCUUUUCCCUAGAUAUAACAUUCCCCGCGCGAGACUUUUGAAUCCUCGCGAACAAAAACAGGUCGAUCUCUACCGUGCUCUGCGGGAUCGCUUCCACGACGGUCCAUACUACUCCGUUCUCCAAUCUACCUCGGGCACAGCAAGGAAAGAUGAGGCUACUCGAGCGCACUUUGACCCUUUCCACGGAAUGCCUACGUAUUCGGGCAAGUACCAGAAGCAGAAGCGGGACCGGCCGGAGUUGAAAGGACGUCCGUAUGUCAUGAAAUUCUUCCCUCGCCAGCUGUGGAAGACGAUCCAGCCGAACUUCAACCCCUCAGCUGCAAUGGAUGGAUAUGUGCCACAGGGGCCUCGCCUUGGAGUGAAGAGGGGGUUUGAGGAUGAGGAAGAAGAACACGAUGUCGAGGAGACCAAGCGGAGGAAGGGCGUCGACGAAGAUGAGGAUGCUGAGCGAGAAGAGCGGGAAGAAGAAGGGGAUAUCUUGGACCCGGAUGAGGAUCAGGAAGAGGAGAUCGUCGACAACGACUUUGAGGAUGAUGAAGACGAAAUGGGCGGGGACUACAAUGCAGAACAGUACUUUGAUGCUGGCGACGAUGAAUACGGAGAUGACGGAUUCGCAGACGGCGGAGGCGGAGGUGGAGAUGAAGACACCUACUAA